GCGCUGCGUUUCCCGGGACAUUUCCUCUCCUGCGCUGACAGACUUAUUAAUUCAUUUCUUUUCUUUUUUUUCUUUUUGCCAAAAUGUGGAUCUCCAGCGGUCUCUGUGCUCUUGCAGGCUUCAGGAAUCAGCGGCAGGAGGGGAGACGGAGCAGCUGGGAUAACUAACUGGGUGCUAUGGUGGGACCUCCUGGAAGGGGCAAGAGUUCGGCUUUUCCGAAAUAUCAGCAAUUUCCACAAAGCCAUGGAUCUAACCAGGAGUCUAGUGGUGUGAACACAGCCAGGUGAGCGUGGUGGGUCUGGGCAACUUUCCCCCAACCGACCACCAUCAUCAUCUCUUUGAGCCUCACAGGCUCCAGACACUCACACACACCACUGCAACCUGUUUGAGGAAACCCACUCCGACAGUAAGACAGCAGCACACGCAGCGCAACCAUGACAGACAGAGUAACCUUCAGCACACCCAAAGUCACCCCGCGGCCCGCCGCAGGUCCAGUGCUCCCCCCUGAGCCCAUUGACAUCAUCCGCAUUAAGGCCCGCUCUCGGCGGGUCAGGCUUAAUGUUGGAGGUCUCACACAUGAAGUCCUGUGGAGAACACUGGACCGGCUGCCCAGAACCCGUCUGGGACGGCUAAGAGACUGCAACACCCACGAGUCACUGUUGGAGAUCUGUGAUGACUACAGCCUCAGUGAGAAUGAGUACUUCUUUGACCGGCACCCAGUGGCCUUCUCCUCCAUCCUCAACUUCUACAGAACUGGGAAGCUGCACAUGAUGGAGGAGAUGUGUGCCCUCUCUUUUGGCCAGGAGCUGGACUACUGGGGAAUCGAUGAGAUCUACCUGGAGUCGUGCUGCCAGGCGCGGUACCACCAGAAGAAGGAGCAGAUGAAUGAGGAGCUGAGGAGGGAGGCAGAGACACUGAGGGAGAAGGACGGGGAUGAGGCCGAGCACGGCUGCUGUCCUGACAAGAGACAGAAGCUGUGGGAUCUGCUGGAGAAACCCAGCUCAUCUGUGGCUGCAAAGAUCCUGGCUAUGAUCUCCAUCCUGUUUAUUAUCAUUUCCACCAUCUCGUUGUCGCUAAACACCCUCCCGGAGCUCCAGGUGGUGGAUGAAUUUGGUCAGUUCAAUGACAACCCAAGCCUAGCCCAUGUGGAAGCUGUCUGCAUCGCCUGGUUCACCAUGGAGUAUAUACUGCGCCUGCUCUCAGCACCCAACAAGUGGAGUUUCAUCAAAGCCCCACUGAACAUCAUUGAUUUGCUGGCUAUCCUGCCUUACUAUGUGACCCUCUGCCUAACUGAGUCUAACAAGAAUGUGAUGCAGUUCCAGAAUGUGCGUCGUGUGGUCCAGAUCUUCAGAAUUAUGAGGAUCCUGAGGAUCCUGAAGCUGGCCAGGCACUCAACAGGACUCCAGUCUUUGGGCUUCACUUUGCGAAGGAGCUAUAAUGAGUUGGGUCUACUGAUCCUCUUCUUAGCUAUGGGCAUUAUGAUCUUCUCUAGCUUGGUGUUCUUUGCAGAGAAGGAUGAGGAUGCCACCAAAUUCACCAGUAUCCCUGCCUCCUUCUGGUGGGCUACGAUUACUAUGACCACUGUUGGUUACGGAGACAUCUACCCACAAACCCUGUUGGGCAAGAUUGUCGGAGGGCUCUGCUGCAUAGCAGGUGUGUUGGUCAUUGCCCUUCCCAUCCCAAUCAUUGUGAACAACUUCUCUGAGUUCUACCGAGAGCAGAAAAGGCAGGAGAAGGCCAUCAAGAGGAGGGAAGCUCUUGAAAGAGCAAAACGCAGUGGAAGCAUUAUUUCUAUUAACUUAAAGGAUGCUUUUGCACGCAGUAUGGAACUUACAGAUGUGUUGGUGGAAAAGAGAGAGGACAGCAAGUGUCCUGUGGACAAUCACCUGUCACCCAGUCGCUGGAGCUACCACAAACACUACUCCAAUACAGAGGUGGGUAGCCCAAGCAAGUCCCAACAUUCUCAUUACCAGGAAGUGGCUCAGCAGGGCUCCCCUGAACGAGGCAAGCCUUUGUCUAAUAAAACUACGCUUCAAAACCUCAACCCAAAGCGGCUGGAGGAUGCUUACAACAAGACUGCAGCCAUUCAGGAGAAGCAGGAGGAAAUUAUAGAAGAACAGAUGGAGAUGAAAGCAUUGACUUCCCCUCAAGCCCGACAAACUUCUCCUGAAGUCAGCAUUGCUAGAAAAUUCUCCAAUGUGGCUGAUGAUUUUUCAGUGGAAAGAGGAGAAAGAAGCUCUCUGCUCCCCAAUACUGAAGUGAUUCAAACUGGUGCUAGACACCAGCGCAUCCCUCCUCCCUUGGAUCUAAGUCAGAUCAGCACCAUGGAGGCUAACAGGGGCCCUGACAGCAUCCAGCCAAUGACCAUCAUUAAAGAGGGUUUGUAUGAGUUUGUGUCCAGCCCCAGAGGAAGUGGGACUGGAGAUUCAGGUUUGGUGCCACAAAGUGUGGAAAGCUUUGGGGUUACCUAUGACAGCAUCUCCAGCUCCUUGCAAGAUUAUGGCACCCCUCAAAAGAAAAGAGCCCUCAAGGUUGACCUCAUUGGAUCCCAAGAUGAGGUGCUUAUGGCAGUGAUGACACCUGUAGCAACCCCAGCCUCUGCUGGCUCAGCCAAGCUUGCUCAACUACUCUCUGACGACAUUGUUUCCAGGUUCUCUCCCUCUCCUAGCUCUAUAACCCAGGAAGCUAAGUCUCCGCUGGCGAUCCUGCAAUCUCCGAUGCUGGCCCAGCAAUCUGUCAGUCCAAGCAUCUCCCAGGGGGGAGGUGAGGGCUCAGCAGCCAGGAGCUUAGAAGGUGAAGGGCAGCUCACAGGCUUAAGCCACCAGGGGAGGAAUCACAUGGAAAGGUCUGCUGUCGGCUCAGGCAGCAGUGCUAGCCCACUGUCGUCUAAAGCCAGCCCUCUCAACUGCACCCAGGAGCUGGUAACUACGGAAGGAGGGGAGGAAGGAGAAGAGAGGGAGGGAGCAGACCAGAGUGGAGAGAAACGAGAAAAUCACAUUGCUCUGGACAGAAGUGCAACACCACCCUGUGAAACGAGCAUGUGAGCCCUAAAAGAACGGAAACGUUCAUGGACAGAGAUGCCAAAUAGAUGGGUUGAGGAUAAGGUCGACGGGAUGGAUGACAGCAACUACCCAGAGCAAACCGGAACCAUUGCCGGACCUGGUGUGGGCUCUGCACCUGCACGGAAACACACCAAAGUGUUAGCAAACCUAUCAUAACAGUUUUUGCAAUUUUUCUGGAGCAAUGCACUUGUCACAUCCCACAAGACUUUUGGACUCUUGUCUUUUUAUUUGACAAGCACUGCUAUUAAGGCACAGACAUCUCUGUAGUGUUGUCACAUGGCUUUAUUACAUGAGGGAAGUCAGAAGCACAUGCCUACUCUCUGGGUACUAUCUCAAAGACACUGUCUCAUGUCAGUGUUAUUGGCUUAUUCUUUGUAGACCAGACUGAUAUGCUGCAGAGCAAAACAGUGACAACUAAUAAGUCUUUUAGGGCUCAAAUGUGAGCAUAAACAAAGCCUUGUGUGAAUGAGAAUAUUUAUGACUAUCCUGGAAGAGUUUUUGUGUACAGCUCAACGGGUGUAACUUUCAGUUUCCUAUUGCUUGCUAUUUAGGCCUAUUUCUUAUGAUGGACUAAUACCACUAAGGAAACACGGAAGGCAGAAACAAGUAAUAAUUUUUUUACAGCUGUCUAAACAACAUUUAUCUUUUACAAGACUCAAAAAAACCCUAAUGAUGAGUCUUGUGCUUACUCAUCAUUCUCUAGGUCUAGGUAUUAUGUUAUUGUAAUGGUACCCAGAUCAAACACAAGCACAUGACACGGGACAAUAAAGUCCCAUUCUCACCACUUCAUUGGACACAAAUGGCAUUGUGUAGUCCAAGAGGACAUAUGCAUUUGCUUUAUACUAGACACUGAUAUGUGUCUCAGUGCUUCAACAAUGUAUUUUCCAUUUAUGUUUCUGUUUUGUUUUGUUUUUUUUGGUUUAAAUUUUGUCUCUCCUUUUUCUAUAAUACCUGAAACAGGUUCUUGAAGAUGAAAAGGGAAUAGAAUAGGGAUGCAAGGCUAUUGUAUUCACAGCUAGACCACUGUUCGCACACACUUCUCAAAUAAAAAAACCUUAAAAAAAUGAAACAGCUUAGGAAACAGCACUAUAUCCUCAUAAGAAGACAGGUGAAAUGAGUACAUAUAUAAAGACAGAAAGGAAAGCGCACAAGAACAGUGGACAAGUUUACUGAUCGCUCAUGUGUGGGUCAUCUCAUGCUGCCUGCAUCCCAGCUCAGGGGCUUCUCCUUCAUUUCUAUAGUGAAUGUGUCAUAACAGGCCAAUGUGGCGUGACCCAUUCCAAUGGAACAUCAAAAUUAGGGUGAGAAAUGUGACCUUAUUUUCCCAUCCUUUACAAAAAGACUGGCCAGCUGCUUGUUUAAUAGUGUUUAGGCAUCCCUCCUGAAUUCAGGAAGCUGACGACAAGCACCCAAACACACAAUCUCUUUUAGUCUCUGUGAGACUAGUGUCUUAUUAAAUGAUUAUUCUGGUUUAUUACAACUUGGGGCUUGUUUUGUAGUUUUUACUUUCAUUUCUAUCCAUAAUAAUAAAACUACGCUCACUAAGUUAAUGGGUGAGAUCUGGGAACAUGGUAACAUCAGUUAACAGAAGACCAAUGGGGUAAAGAAAAAUGACCAGUCAAACUAUCAGACAGGUUGGAAACAAACCAACAUGUGAGUUUGACUUAUUUGUAAACAAAAACAAAGACAAACUGUAAAAAUGUACACAAAAAUUGAUUGUAGACCCACCAUACUUUGGCUACACAUCCUAUGAAAAUGCAGACACAGCAGUUUAUAUGAUAUCCUAUGAUUUAGCGGCUUAAAAAUGACGUUAUGUGCUUAACGUAAAGUUAGGUUAUUAACGUAAAGUUAUGGAGGUUAGGGUUUGGGCAACUGAAGUUACUGUGGUUAGGUUUAGCAAAAGAAACAUGGUGAGGACGUACCUUAAAAUGACUCAAAGUUCACACAGUUCUCCCAAGUGAAUGUUAGCAUUUUUGUGAUCCAUUCACUACCCCAACCUGCCUCCUUACGAGACCACUCGGGACUGCUUCCUUGUUUGCUCCCAUCAGCA